AUGUUCAUCCCGACCAAGGAGACGUCGGCCAGUAUGUCCGACGACGUGGUGGGCGCUGACGCGCGAGUGUUCCAGGUGUUCGACGUCGACUCUUCCCUCGAGCUGGGCGCGGGUCUGAACGAGGCCUCGUGCAUUGGCGUGUUCUGCGCCGCGACUGUCGUCGCCGUGCUGCUCAUCUGGCUUGUGAUGGGGGGAACCCAGGGACGAUGGAAUGCCUGGGCCACCGAGGCCCCGAUGAUUGAAUUGUGCCUUGCGGAAGACGAUGUACCGCCCCACUACUGGGUGGGAGAUCUCGAGCUGACGUACAGCUGCACCAUGAACGAGGACUUGCCUCUGUCCCGCUCGUCAAGCGCGGUUCUGCUCUCGCCCCAGCCCCAACCGCAUGAGAAGCUGCGAUCCAGAAGUCGAUUCGAUCAGUAG